CGCUGCCGCCAUUAAAGGAGGAGAAGAAGAAGUGUUGCUAACAAUGGCCGCCUCCCCGGAGUUCCGGAUGGACCAGCUCCCUUCAGACCCGCUGCUGCACGUCCUGUCCUUCCUGGGCUUCAGAGACCUGAUCCAUUGCAGUUAUGUCAGCAGGAGGUUGAACGAGUUGUCCAAACACAACCCGCUGUGGAAGACGCUGUGCUCCAAACACUGGCUGCUGACAGAUGUGGAGCGGCUGCGUAGCGGUGUGUCCUGGUUCUGUCUGUUCAAGCGGUACUACAGGGAUCUGGGCCGUUACAUCCAGUACUACCCGGUCCUGAAGAGGGCCUGGGAGCAGCUGAAGAGCUUCCUGCAGCAGCGCUGUCCACGCAUGAUCGCAUCGCUCAAAGAGGGCGCCACAGAGGUGGAGCUUAACGACAUUGAGGCUCAGAUCAGCUGCAGACUUCCAGACGACUACCGCUGCUCGUACCGCAUCCACAACGGACAGAAACUGGUGAUCCCGGGGCUGAUGGGAAGCAUGUCCCUGUCGAACCACUACCGGUCGGAGGUGCUGCUGGACGUGGAGACGGCGGCCGGCGGCUUCCAGCAGAGGAAGGGGAUGAGACGCUGCCUCCCGCUCACCUUCUGCUUCCACACCGGACUCAGCCAGUACAUGGCCCUGGAGCCGGCGGAGGGGCGCAGGAUGUUCGAGAGCUUCUACCCCUGCCCCGAUCAGACGGCUCAGGAUCCUUCGGCCAUCGACAUGUUCAUCACAGGUUCCUGUUUCUUAGAGUGGUUCACGACCUACGUCCACAACGUCGUCACAGGAGAAUAUCCAAUCAUCAGAGACCAGAUCUUCAGGUAUGUUCACGAUAAGGGUUGCGUGGCAACCACUGGUGACAUCACCGUCUCUGUUUCUACCUCCUUCCUGCCAGAGCUUUCCUCCGUCCAUCCACCGCACUUCUUCUUCACCUACCGCAUCAGAAUAGAGAUGUCGAGCAGCGCGUCGCCUGAAGCAGCCUGUCAGCUCGACAGCCGCUACUGGAAGAUCACCACCUCCGACGGCAACGUGGAGGAAGUUCAGGGUCCCGGCGUGGUCGGAGAGUUUCCCGUUAUGACGCCUGGAAAAGUCCAUGAAUACGCCAGCUGCACCACCUUCUCCACCCCGUCAGAGUACAUGGAGGGUCACUACACCUUCCACAGACUGGCCAAUAAAGAAGAAGUUUUCCAGGUGGCCAUCCCUCGCUUCCACAUGAUCUGCCCCCCCUUCAGAGAGCCGGUGGUUCGGGCGGUAAACAGAAGGCAUCCACAAGUUACACGUCUCGCUUUGACGACCACGACGACGACGGCGAGUACUGCGACGGAGACGGCGACGACUUCGGCGACCUGAGAGGAAUCAACAUGGCUGCCUUGGAGGGAGCGUGGUGCCCUCGACACAUCUGACCUCCGCCCCGGGUCCCCGACACCCCUGAUGGAAACCACCCCAAACCAGAUGGACUGUCAGUUACUCAGGCCUGACUGAUGACACUAAAAAGCUCCUCGAUGGCCUGAGUGAUUGACAGACAGCAGGGGAUUCUGGGACACGUAGUACCAACCAGAGCCAUACACGGGACAGAAUCCCGUCGACUUCCAGCUGUCAAACAAACAAACAAACAAACAAACAAACAACAAAAAAAUGUGAAUGAAGUUUUAUAGAAAAUAUCUUUUUCUUGUUUAAACUUUUCUUGUUCCAACACAGAACUGUUGGAUAAGCUCGGACAAUAAGGACGGGACAACGGCGCCCUAAAGGAUUAUCUAUGAGCGACAGAGCCGCGACACGAAGCGGCCGCCGCAACUUCCAGUUUAGAUGUAAAACAAAGCCGAGACUUGUGGGCCAGUCGAGUCUCUUGAAGCUGUUUUCUAACGUUCGGCAACCCAGAGCUCAGAAACCCCCCCGCCGCCAACGUGAACCUGGUUCUGGUUCUAGAGCGCCACCUCAUAUGUCUCCAACAUUGUUGUUACCAAGGUUACAAGCAUACUACUGAUUUCUCAUAUCAAGGUGCUACAAUGCUAACUGUGUGCUACCUAGCCGGUGACCCCGAUACAUUUUCCCACCAACCCUAAAUGUUCUGCCAUUUGGUGCUUGGCGGGUGUUAAGUGACCCUUUAUAAGCCCCGCCCCCUUUUCUCGUGCUAUAUGCUAGGCUAAUUGUGUUGGAAUAACAGCCACAUUUUCAACAUGGUUAAAAGACACACACACACACACACACACACACACACACAUCGCGUCUUAAGUUUUUUUUUUAGCAAAACGUUAGCUAGAUAGUAAGCUAUCGUUUUGCUAACAUUAGCUUUCAGAUGUGACUAUAUUUAUAAAAAUGUCUCUUUUAUCUUUUAUCUCCAAAAUGUGGUUGUCUGUCCAAUAUAGGUUAGCUUAGCAUGUAGCAUAUCUAAGUACAGGAGAGGAGGAAGUUGACCGAGGCAUGCUCAACUGUGAUUGGAGCACAGAGCAAAAAGAGGCGGGGCUUAGAACGAGCCACUUUGGGAACAUUGUAAGUCACAUAUCGUUAGCAUUUAGCUCAACGCUGGUCGAUAAAGCCUGUGGUUGGUUCCAGUUGUGAUGAUGUCACAUCUGCUCGACCAAUCACGGCAGAGCGGUCGCUGAACCGCUGGAUGGAGAUCAGUGGAAAGAGUUCCUGCAGUGUGAAAGCUUUUGAUCAUGUGUUCUGAUUAUUCAGGAGGAACUGGGCUUUUAUUUUGGUGAGGUUGUUUUUUCCUGCUCAUGUUUUUGUGCAUCACGUUGUUUUCUUCUUCUUCUUCUGCGCCGGAGGACGUGUCGUCACUCUGAUGUGAUUGCUGGGUUUGUUUUCUAUGUUUUUGGGUGAAUAAAUAACAAAUAUUCA